AUUCCGGGCCAUCACAGUUGGCUGAGCUCAGACUCACAAGACUGGUUUUAACAGGUGGCUAAGGUGGGGAGGGAAGGGAAUGAGAGAAGGGCUGUAUCCCUCUCUCACAUCAGUUCCACAGAGGCAGUCCACAUGAAAGGCAGCACGAAACCACUUGUGUCGGUAAAGCUCCCCCACUGAUAAUGGACGAUCUCUGUGAUGAAACAAGAACGUGCCUUGGCAAUGGAAACAAGCAUCUUCACAUCGAUGAAGUGCCAGAGAGGGAAUCACCACUCCGGGAAUGUGGAAGAUGUGUGCGCAGUCAGUUGGCCUCUAUGUGUGCCCGUCAUACAUUGGCAAGACGUUUACCUAUAACACAGUGGCUACCUCGAUACACUCUGAGUCUGUUCCUCCAUGAUGUCAUGGCUGGUUUAACUGUUGGCAUGACCGCAAUACCUCAGGGUAUUGCUUAUGCUGUUGUAGCAGGACUUGAGCCGCAGUAUGGUCUCUACUCAGGGUUCAUGGGAAGCUUUGUCUAUGUGCUCUUUGGAAGCACCAAGGAUAUCACAGUCGGUCCCACUGCCAUCAUGGCCCUAAUGACGCAGACAUAUGUUCUCAGUUACGGAGCUGACUUUGCUGUACUUUUAACUUUUUUGUCAGGAUGUGUCAUCACUCUUUUCGGAUUGUUACAACUAGGUUUUGUUGUUGAUUUCAUCUCAAUGCCUGUGACUGUAGGAUUUACCACAGCUGCUGCAAUCACAAUUGCCUCUUCUCAGCUCAAAGGCUUAUUUGGACUGAAAGGAAGCACCGACAAGUUUAUGGAUUCGAUUGUAAAUUUCUUUGAGCGCAUUCAUGAAGCUCAGUUAUGGGAUUCGGUUCUAGGAAUAUCAACAAUUGUUGCCCUACUUCUUUUGCAGAAACUUACUGUCUUUCGAGUGAAAGGAAAUCCCCCAGGUCAGACCAUUAGUACAUUCCGAAGAGUUUGGGGAAACACUCUGUGGCUUCUUUCAUUGGCCCGAAACGCCAUUGUUGUGUUCUUUGGAGUUGGAUUGGCGUAUGUCUUGUUCCUGAAUGGACACUCUCCGUUUACUUUGACAGGAAAAAUUGGUGAAGGAUUUCCACCGAUUGGAUUGCCACCAUUCUCAACGGUCUUUAGGAAUGAGACUUACAGUUUUGUAGAAAUGACCUCUGCUCUAGGCUCAUCUUUGAUCGCAAUUCCAUUGAUAUCAAUUCUUGAGAGCAUAGCUAUUGCAAAGGCAUUUUCCAAGGGGAAAGCGGUGGAUGCAACACAAGAAAUGAUUGCAUUGGGGUUGGGCAACAUGCUUGGCUCUUUUGUGCGAUCCAUGCCAGUCACAGGCUCCUUCACUAGAACUGCAGUGAAUAAUGCGUCAGGAGUUCGCACACCUGCUGGAGGAAUUUUCACUGGGCUGCUUGUGAUGGGAGCUCUCGGGCUGUUGACUUCAACAUUUUACUAUAUCCCUAAAGCAACACUGGCUGGGCUUAUAAUGACUGCAAUGUUUUCCAUGAUUGAUUAUGAAGUUGUGUCACUCCUAUGGAGAACUAAACGUAUUGACCUUAUCCCAUUGGGAGCCACAUUUGUAUUUUGUUUGGCUCUUGGCUUAGAGUAUGGAAUGAUUGUUGGUAUUACUGUGAACUUGCUGAUCCUCCUCUACCAUUCUGCACGGCCACCAGUGAACAUGAAAUGGGUUGUGGUAAAUGGAUGUAAUGUACUUCUUGUAACACCAGCUCAAAGUUUGGCUUUUCCUUCUGCUGAGUAUGUCAGAGAAGUUAUAGUUGCUGAUUGCAAUGAGCAUAGAGAUGAAUCCCAACAAAGUGCAGUUGUUAUUGACGGUGUCAACUUGUUCAAUAUUGACUCCACAGUGGCUAAGGUUAUUAAAUUGCUUUCAGAAGAUUUAAAAGUCCUUGAGGUACCAAUAUUUCUUUGGAGGUGGUCUCUCCCUGUUACACAAACACUCCUAGGAAUAGAUCCAAAAAUGAAACCGUUGUUCAGAAAUGCCACAACCCUUGAUCUGGUUUUAUCUCUGGAAAAUCGAGUGAGGCAUGAAUCCGAAGGGUUAAUGGACGAGGACACAGCAGUUUCCAUGAUGAAUGGUGGUCAACAUGUGCCAUGAGGUGCGGAGGUGGUGCAGUACAUCUCGUACAAAUUGUGAUAAUUUUUUUUUUAAAUAGGUAAGGAUUUUUCCUGUGUGUUUUAAGCAUCUAAAAAAUUCAGUCAUGCAUUUACUUUCUGUUAAGAAUAAAUUUUAUCCUAGAAUUUUAAGAGCUAGUCAGUUACCAUACUGUUACUUUGUAAAGAUGUGAGAUGAACUUAGAUUAUGGUUAUGUACUUAAUGAAUAAUGCAAUAGUGCGAGCAACCCAGAGGGGAGGUAGUAGAAGUUCAUGUUUCAUUUCUUGUGCAAGCGCACCUACAGCAAAGAGAAGUUGUACAUACUAUGUAUUUUUGUAAAUAUUUGUAUAAUAAAUUUUUUUAAAAAGUC